AUGUUACUGUCCAGCUCUCAGAAACACGGGUGCACCUUAAUAUUCAAACUGGCAUUGCUCCUCAGUACUUCGGAGAGUUCCCUGAAUGCAAACCAACCCAGUACAGCCUCUGGUUUCUUGACUGCUGUCAUCAAAGAAAUCUUAGAGGCUGGUAUUAAAGGAACAUCAGAAUCACUGAAAGGUGUGAAAAGGAAAAAGAUUGUAACUGAGAAUCACCAGAAGAAAAUACCCAAGUCACCACUGAGAAAUCCUCUUCAGGCAAAACAGAAACAAAACACAGAAGAGUUAUCUUCCACUGUUCUUCAGAGUACUUCUGAGUCACACAAAAAUCAAAACCAUAUUCCUAUAAAAAAUGGAAAGCAAACUACUAAACAGAAUGGAGAAACACCUGGAAUAAUUACCGAAGCCUCUAAGUCUGAAGAACCAGCCUCCCCACAGAAGCCCUUGGUUGUAAACCACCCCUCAGAACUGCGCAGAUGGAGGUCAGAAGGUGCUGCACCCGCCAAGUUAAACUUCCUCGAUGACAAUUGUGAUUCUAGCUCUUUAUUAAGCAAAACCAGGACUGACAAUAGUGAAUGUAUCUCUCCUCGCUGUAGUACUAAUUCUUCCUCUUACACAAAUACUGCAUUUGAUGUCUUACUGAAAGCAAUGGAGCCAGAACUGAGCACCUUAUCACAAAAGGGCUCAUCUUGUGCAAUUAAGGAAGAAAAACUGAGACCAAAUAAAACUGUAUGCUCUCCCACUAAGUUGAAAAACAAUCUAACAGAGGCUCCCGAUCAGACGUCCCAAGAAAUUGUCAGUGUAUCACAGUCCUCUCCUUGUACCUCAUACACAGUGCAUGUGCCUGCCUCUCAGAAGAACGAGCAAGCAAUGGUCCAGCCACUGUCUCGUUCAUAUAACACCCAUGAACACUUUGUUUCUAAAUCUGCCCAGCCCAGCCACCAGCUCCCAGUGUGCCCAGGUUUCACAAGAUCUCUGACAAAUCUACAAACUCAAGAGACCACCAGACUUGAACAAAUUUAUAGUAUCACAGUACCAUCAUCGAUUGGUCUGACUCCACCUUCCAGUAGAACUCAGGUUAUUCCUCAAAACCAGCAAAUGGAUUCUGCUCCACCUAUUUCAAUAAGCCCAGCAAGUUCCAUACCUCCCUCCUCCACGCCCGUUUAUAAUUCAACUCCCUUGGCCUCUGUUGUCAAUCACAGUGUAGAACAAAUGUGCAAUCUUCUUCUGAAAGAUCAGAAGCCAAAAAAGCAAGGAAAAUACAUUUGUGAGUAUUGUAAUCGAGCUUGUGCAAAACCUAGUGUGCUUUUAAAGCAUAUCCGCUCACACACAGGAGAGCGGCCCUACCCCUGUGUGACCUGUGGGUUUUCAUUUAAGACUAAAAGUAACCUGUAUAAGCACAAAAAAUCCCACGCGCACACUAUCAAACUGGGGCUUGUCUUACAAUCUGAUUCAGGUGGCUUGUUCAUCUCCCAGGAGUCCCCCAAAGCACUUGGUGUCCACUCAGACAUAGAAGACAGUGGUGAAAGCGAAGAUGAGGGCACUACUGAUGAAAGACACAAUGACUCAGGGCCCAUGGAACUGCAGUCUGUGCAUAUACUGAAAAUGGUAGCCAAUCCUGAAGCCUCAUCAAAAGUGAGUUCCAGUCCUAGCAAUCCAGAUCACUUGGUGGGCGACUUUUCACAACAAGAAAAACCAUCUGAAUCACAGGCUUUGUCCAAGCUACCAAAAGUUGUGGUCCACCCUGUCACCAUGCCCCCUUUAAAGGUGGAAAGUUCAAAAGUGGCAGAGUCCAUGCCUGAACUUGCCAGUGCCCAGCAGCAGAGGGACCACCCAGUGACAAAGGAACUGCCCAAAUCAGCAUGUGUGUCCUCGCUGGAGACAGAAGAAAAAUCCUUUCUUACCAGGGAUGUGAGCCACCCAGAAAGUAAACAGGAAUCUCACGUGGGAACAGUGCAUGCCCAGUUACAAAGGCAGCAGGCUACUGAUUACUCCCAAGAGCAGCAAGGGAAACUCCUGAGCCCUCGAAGUCUAGGAAGCACAGACUCUGGCUAUUUCUCACGUUCAGAAAGUGCCGACCAAACAGUGAGCCCACCAGCACCCUUUGCCAGAACGUUACCAUCCACUGAACAUGAGUCAAAGAAGAGCAGUGGACCCUCUGCCCCUCGCCCCAGUGCACCAGCGCCUUCUGCUUUACCAGCUUGUGAGAAGCCUCCACUUUUACCUGGUCAGAUGCGCCCACCAUUGGCAACAAAAACCCUGGAAGAACGGAUAUCAAAGCUCAUCUCAGACAAUGAAGCCCUGGUUGAUGAUAAACAACUAGAUAGUGUAAAACCACGGAGAACGUCUCUCUCAAGACGAGGGAGUAUCGAUUCCCCCAAAUCAUAUAUAUUUAAAGAUUCUUUUCAGUUUGAUUUAAAGCCAAUGGGCCGAAGAACAAGCUCAAGCUCGGAUAUACCAAAGUCCCCUUUUACCCCAACUGAGAAAUCAAAACAAGUUUUCCUUCUGUCUGUACCUUCUCUGGACUGUCUACCUAUCACUAGAAGUAAUUCUAUGCCCACCACUGGAUAUUCGGCAGUACCUGCAAACAUAAUACCUCCCCCUCACCCCUUGAGAGGAAGCCAGUCAUUUGAUGACAAAAUUGGCUCUUUGUAUGAUGAUGUCUUCAUAUCAGGACCCAACACUUCCAUGCCCCAAAGUGGACAUCCCCGUACACUUGUCAGGCAAGCAGCAAUAGAAGACUCUUCAACAAAUGAAAGUCACAUUUUCGGUACUGGGCCAUCGGUGGAUGAAAGCCUUCAGGGAUAUAAUGCCACUGGGGAAACAGUACCAGCCAGGAACAAGUCGCUAGCACAGGGAUCAGCUUUGGAGAAAAAGAAGUCCCACCAAGGGCGAGGAACAAUGUUUGAGUGUGAAACCUGUCGAAACAGGUAUCGGAAAUUGGAAAAUUUCGAAAACCAUAAGAAAUUUUACUGUUCAGAGUUACAUGGACCAAAAACAAAGGUGGCUGUGAGGGAACCAGAUCACAGCCCGGCACCCAGCAGCACACAUCCGCAGAUCCUCCACUACAGAGUUGCAGCUGCUACUGGUGCCUGGGAACAGACACCCCAAAUAAGAAAAAGGAGGAAAAUGAAAAGUGUCGGUGAUGACGAUGAGCUUCAGCAAAAUGAAAGUGGACCGUCUCCCAAGGACUCUGAAGGUCUUCAGCUUCCACAUCCUCUGGGUUCCACUAACAGUUUGUCCAAACACAAUGUUGUCCCAGCAGGUGACUCCCAGCACAGAAGCAUCCCUCUUCCCACCUCACAAAUUCAGCUUGUGGCCAGGGGCACUGACCACGCAGUUGAUCCAAAGCUGGCCACUAUCGUGGAGCAGCAGAUCAGUUCAGUUGCUCAGGAUAAAAUGGAAUUGAAAAGACAUGGAGCUGGGAUCUCAGUCAUACAGCACACAAAUUCGCUGAGCAGACCCAGUUCAUUUGACAAGCUUGAGUCCUUUGAACGAGGCUCCCCUGCCUCCUUUCAGGAGCUGAGUAGGACAGUGAAGGCUGGGUCUGUGACUGCAGUAGAGGUUCCUCAAGAGGACAGCCAUCUUUCCCCAAAUGCCUCUCAGCCUCACCAGCCUGUCUUGUCAGACACUCUUAGAGGAGAGCCUUCAGAAAGUUCCAGAAAGAUCUCAAAUGAAAGAAAUGUGUUAGGACAGCCAUCGAGACUUGUCCGGCAGCAUAAUAUCCAAAUCCCAGAAAUCUUGGUCACAGAAGAGCCAGAUCGAGACCUCGAAGCCCAAGGCCACGAGCCAGAAAAAUCAGAAAAGUUCAGUUGGCCUCAACGAAGUGAAACCUUGUCAAAAUUGCCCACAGAAAAACUGCCACCAAAAAAGAAGAGGCUUCGUCUGGCUGAGAUUGAACAUUCCUCAACAGAGUCAAGUUUUGAUUCCACUCUGUCCAGGAGUUUAAGUAGAGAGAGCAGUUUGUCACAUACCUCAAGUUUCUCAGCUUCACUAGACAUCGAGGACAUUUCUAAAACAGAGUGUUCCCCCAAAAUCGAUUUUCUAAAUAAAGCAGAGUUUCUGGUGAUUCCAGCUGGCUCAAAUACACUUAAUGUGCCUGGAGCUCACCAGGAAAUGAGACGGGCUGCGUCAGAGCAGAUUCAUUACAUGCAGACGUCCAUGGAAGUUUCUGAUUUCAGAAGCAAGUCAUUUGACUGUGGAAGCCUGACUCCACCACAAACCAUGCCACUGGUGGAUCUGCAGCCUCCAGCAUCUCCAUCUGGGAUGGGGGUCACAAGGCACGUGCCACUCUUAGAGCGAAGAAGAGGCCCCCUGAUACGGCAGAUAUCUUUAAAUAUAGCUCCAGACAGUCAUGUGCCUCCUAUGAACCCACCAUCUUUCCAAACUGUUGCUCCUUCACUUGUCACCCCAGGGCCAUUUCAGGGACCUCAAGUAACCAGCACAUUGUUGGCUGAGUUUCCCACAAAUGCUUUGCAUUCCCAGACCAAAAUUAAAGAUCUGCGACCUGAAACAUCUAAAUCCACCUCUACUCAUACUUUGCCUCUUCAGCAGCAUUUUGGUCUGAAUGUGCUAAAUAAAAUCCGCACCCUUCCUAACCACCAAAAUGCCCAGUCAUCCCUGAAUGUAGCUGCACAGGUGGACAGACCAGAUGCAAGUUCCCCUCCAUGUGCAUCUUCUAAAAGUGAGGAUUGCUUUGCACCCAAGUACCAACUUCAGUUUCAGGUUUUAACAUCAAGCCAGUCUUACUCUUCUAAUCCUGUGCAUUCUUUGCCAAGUCAGGUUCUUUCAGAGCAAAGUGGUGCAGACCCCAGCAUGACUUCACCAGCAUUACCAACCAAAUUGGUGGAUAAUGUAUCUGAUACAUGUGCUCUCCCGUCACCAAAGCUAGGACAGCCCGGAGGUCAAGUGCAGAAGGCUGCCUCAUCAUUCAUUGUACCUGUGCGGCUUCAGAGUAAUGUCCCAGCCUACUGCUUCCCAACAGUCACAUCGUUGCCCCAAAUCCUAGUCACCCAGGACCUGUCAAGUCACCCAGUUUGUCAGGCUAAUAAUUCUGUAUUGCCAAUCAGUGAAGAGCAAAAUUCUGUGCCAAAAUUGCAAAAAGGCCUCCAGAGCACUUUGCCAAACCUGCAGAAAGAACUUGUUUGUGAAAAUACCUUCUCAGAGCUGUGCCAAAAGUCUGUUUUGUCAGAAGCGUUGCCUACAACUCAGAAAGCGUCUGUUGGUCGACUUUCCCCACAACAAGAAUCUUCAGCUUCAAGUAAAAGGAUGCUUUCCCCAGCUAACAGCCUAGACAUUGCCAUGGAAAAACACCAGAAACGGGCUAAAGAUGAAAAUGGAGCUGUGUGCACAACAGAUACUCAGCCUUUGCAGCCAGUGAGUUCAAGAGCUAAUGAUGUUAGUAAACAGAAGAAGCCUGUCUUAGUGAGGCAGGUCUGUACCACUGAGCCUCUGGAAGGUGCACUUCUGGAACUGGAUGUUUGCUCCCAAACCGAAAGUAGAAGCGAGCCUGUUAGCUUGUCUGACGCUUUACCAACUGAUAAUUCUUCCUCAGGCCCUUCCAGAUCUGGAGUUACAGAACCUGUACAUGAAUUGAAAGAAUUUGAAAACAUCAAGCCUUCUAUAUCACUAACUCCUACAGUGAGAACUUCACCUGUCCCUGUAGAAACAGCUCAUGUUUCUCCUUUGAAAAGUUUAGACAAUAACCAAGAAAGACAGACUCCACCAGUGGUUAAGAAUCAAGGUGGCAACAACCAAGAAAUUAAAUCAGCAAGCACACUUGCAGUGUUUAAUGUAGGAGAAACUCACCAGAGGUUUUUAUCCAGUAAGACCUCAACGAGCUUCACAUGGUGUUACCUACUGAGACAGAAGUCAUUACAUUUGCCUCAAAAUGACCAGAAAACUUCAGCAUAUACUGAUUGGACAGUAAGCUCUAGUAAUCCAAAUCCACUUGGUUUACCUACGAAAGUUGCUCUUUCUCUCCUUAAUUCCAAACAGAAGACUGGAAAGUCACUGUAUUGUCAAGCAAUAGCCACUCAUUCCAAAUUGGAUCUAUUGGUCUACUCUAGCAAGUGGAAAAGCAAUUUAAGCAAGAGAGCACUAGGUAAUCAAAAAUCCACUGUAGGUGAAUUCAACAGUAAAGAUGCCUCAGAAAUUAACAGUGAGCAAGAUAAAGAAAAUUCCUUAAUCAAAAGUGAACCAAGAAGAAUUAAAAUAUUUGAUGGAGGAUAUAAAUCAAAUGAAGAAUAUGUGUAUGUCCGAGGCAGGGGAAGAGGAAAGUACAUUUGUGAAGAAUGUGGAAUACGUUGUAAGAAACCUAGUAUGUUAAAGAAACACAUACGAACUCAUACUGAUGUCCGCCCCUACCACUGCACUUACUGUAACUUCUCCUUUAAGACAAAAGGAAAUCUGACAAAACAUAUGAAGUCCAAGGCACAUAGCAAGAAAUGUGUGGAUUUAGGAGUCUCAGUAGGUUUACUAGAUGAACAAGAUACAGAAGAAUCAGAGGAGAGGCAAAGAUUUGGUUACGAGCGGUCUGGUUAUGACAUUGAAGACUCUGAUGGCCCCGAUGAGGAUGACAAUGAGAAUGAAGACGAUGAUGAGGACAGUCAAGCCGAGUCCGUUCUGUCUGCUGCCCCCUCUGUUGCAGCCAGCCCCCAGCACUUGCCAUCACGAAGCAGCCUGCAGGACUCCGCCAGUGCAGACGAGGAGACCAGGGUCCCCAAUUGCUUCCCUGGGACACACUCUGACCCCAUGGACGUACUGCCCCGGGCUCUGCUCACCAAGAUGACGGUGCUCAGCACGGUGCAGUCAGAUCAUGGUCGAAAGACAUGCUCUCCUGGAAAAGCCAGGCAGCAUGUUACCGGAGAUGAGGAGGAGGCUAGUGGAGACUUGUCAAGGUCUUCCGAGGCUGCACCCAAAUCCCCAUGUCAUCAGAUGUCUGUGGAUUACCCCGAACCAGAAGAUAUCCUGAGGAGUUCAGUGGCUGGAAAGGCUGUUGCUUUAACCCAGGGCACGUCACCUGGGAGCCUGCCUCCUGUCGCUGAGCCCAGCCCCCCACCAGCCGUGGUGGUUCCCUCAGCCACCUCAGCUCAUCCUGACUCUCAGGAACAGAAACAGCAGAUCAGUCUACAGCCAGCCCCAGGCUUGACUUCUCCUCAGACUCACCUGUUCAGUCACCUUCCUUUGCAUUCCCAGCAACAGUCAAGGACACCUUACAAUAUGGUUCCAGUUGGGGGCAUCCAUGUGGUACCUGCUGGCCUCACGUACUCUGCAUUUGUUCCAAUCCAAGCGGGGCCAAUGCAGCUCACAAUUCCUGCUGUCAGCGUCCUCCACAGGACUGUGGGCACCCCAGCCGACACCAUCACGAACGUCUCCAGUACUACCAACCCACCUGGAGUGGCAGAGCUGAGCGGUGUUGUGCCAUGUAUUCCCAUUGGCCAGAUCCAGGUGCCAGGCCUGCAGAACCUCAACACGCCCCUGGCUCAGCCCACGCUCCCCUCACUCACCAUGGAGACUGUCAACAUCCUAGGUCUUGCCAAUACCAGCCUCGGCCCCCCAGUGCAUCCACCAGGGCUGGCCCUGAAUGCGGUGGGCCUGCAGGUUUUAACUGCCAAGCCCACCUCCCAGAGCAGCCCCAGCCCCCAGGCCCACAUUCCAGGCCUCCAGAUUGUGAACAUAGCGCUGCCUACUCUGAUCCCCUCGGUGGGCCCCGUGACUGUGGAUGCCCAAGGAACGCCAGAGGGACCAGCCUCUCACACCACAACCUUCGAGACGCAGCUCAAGCCAGCUCCUAUGACCAGUGCAGACCAGGUCAACAGAGCCGAAUCUUCUCAGGGGACACCCAAAGUCCAGCAGGAAAAUGCAAAAAAAUUGCUGAGUAUUCCCGCCCCGGCCAGUGGCCUUGAAAGGCUGGAUGGCACAAGUGAAGUGGGCCCUGAGAAGCCUGCCUCCAUCCCUUGCAUGACACUGGGGCAUAAACUCCCAUCCACAGCAGAGUCCCAGCCGGGCAUGCAUCUGGAUGGGCCCUCCAGGCCCCCAGGCCCCCAGACCCUCUCCCCACACAGGCGGGCCCGCCGACCCACAGCCCCUCCUCGAAGGCAGGCCACAGUGCAUUUCAGUGACGCAAGCAGUGAUGACGAUGAGGACCGGCUUGUCAUAGCCACCUAA